AUGAUUGAAAGUAGUUUAGAUGAAAUCAAUCAACAAAGAACUGCCUCUGCAAACAGCAAUGAAUCAGUCCAUCGUACUACUACUACUAACAUUACUAGUAGUCCAAAGAAAAGAGUAGUGAUAUCAUCAGAUGAACCAACCUAUCAUUCUUCAACAUCUGAUGAAGAAUUGUUGGAAGAUUUAUCGAGUGAUGACGAAGAAGAAUUAGAGUUUGAUGGAGCAAGCACUAAAUCAGACUCUGAACACGAGUAUGAUGAAGAAGAGGAAGAAGAAGAAGGUUCAAAUGUUCCAUUGGUAAAGUUAUUUCAAAAGUUUUUGGAUAGAGAGGCAAUCAAGAAAUUAAAAUUAAGACAUGCGCAGUUGAAUUCAAAGUUGGAAAGAUUAAAAAAGGUUGUUGAUCCUUCAACUCUCCGUGAAAGAGGUCAAUCUUUAAGAAAGGAAAAGGAAAGAAUCAAAGAAUUAAUUAAAUUAAAGAAGGAUCAAUUAAAUGAUCGUAUGAAUGCCCCACCAUUUUUAAGAGCAAUGGAUAAAUUUGCAUUUACAGUUGGAUUAUUGGUAUUAUUUAUUUCAGAGUUUGUUUUACUUCAAAGACCUCAAAUGAUGUAUCUAUGGUAUACUGUUUUAAUUUUCCCAUUAAUGGCAAUUAGAUUUAUAAUGUAUCAUAGAGCCAAAUAUCAUUAUUUUAUGUUGGAUUUCUGUUAUCUUUGUCAAGUAUUAUUAUUAUUCUAUUUAUUUGGACAUCAGUAUCUAUUGGGCGACACCAAGUCAUCGUCACUCUUUAAAUUGGUGUUUGCAUUGAGCAAUGGACCAUUGGCAUGGGGUACCAUCGUUUGGAGAAACAGUUUGGUAUUCCACGACGUUGACAAGUUGACAUCGGUCUUUAUUCAUCUGUGUCCUCCCAUUGUCACUUUUUGUCUGCGUUGGUACCCACCAUUCUACGCUGAAGAAUUGGCUUGUGGUGGUUCCCAAUGUACUCUUUCAUUUAAAGAAACUUAUUUGGUUCCAUUAUAUCUUCAUUUCUUUUGGCAGACAGCAAUCAAAUAUUUAAUACUCACUAAACUACUGCUAUCGAUUGAUUUAGAAGUAGUUGAUGGAUUAAAAUUAAGAAAUGAUGAGGAGAUUAUGACUUCGUCAAGAUGGAUGUCUGUCAAGCAACCACAUCCAUUGUACAAAUUCUUCCUUUCAAAGGGUAUUAAUAUUAAUCCAACUAUUUUGUUAAUGGUAACACAAUUGGUUUAUACAUUCUCAACGCUAAUUACAUUACCUUUAUUGAUGGGAUCAUUUUGGUUGCAUUCAGCAUUCCUUUGUUUUAUUUUCAUCAUGGUAUCGUGGAAUGGAUCUUGCUACUAUUUCGAAGUAUUCAGCGAGUCUUAUCAUAAGCGAUUCAAGUCUGAUGUCAUGCAAUCAGCAGGAUUACAUCCACAAUGUAACACCUUGAAAAUCUCUUCCAUCACCUCAUUUUGUAAAUUCCUCGUUGUCUUUUUAUCAUGUCUCUGUUUAUACCUUAAAUUAAUUUUAUAA